UGAGGCCAAAGCAUAGAAAAUAUGUCCUUCUUCUCUCUCCCAGGCUUUAUUUGUUCUGCCUCCGAGGCUUAAUAAUCUAGCUGACCAUGUUCUUUAUUUAUUCUCUUCCAGUGACUCUCGUGUGCCUUGGCUGUGCCAUGUGAAGUCAAGAAAUGGCAGAGAGUGGAAAAAAUGGGGCAGGAGGAAGCGAGGAUAAAGGAAGAGAAGGUGGCAGACCUCUCCAGGGGACCCACAGCCCAGUGCGUGACCUCUCCCCAUUAGGUGCCACCUCGCUUGGGUCAAUGAGGCAUCACCCACGAGGGAUAGUGAUCCAGCUGACCAAGACAGAGGCUGAGUGGGACAGCCUGGAUGACAGUGAGCUCAUCUUCUCCAUUGAUCAUGAUGAGGACUACCCCUCUAUCUCUCUGUCAAAGGAGAGGCAGCUCUCUGUUGAGGAUGACAGAGGGUUGCGGUCCCAAGCUUUCCAUGUCCCUCUUUCUCCCUCGUCCCCUGACUCUCUAGGGAACUGCUCUGCCUCGGGCCCCAGCUUCCUUUCCCCAGGACCCUCCUCACCCACCCACCGACCCCUGGCCAGCCUAGUCAAGUCCCUGUCCACAGAGCUGGAACUGAAAGAAGGCUCCACCCUCAGACCUAAGCCCUUUCUCAGCCUUGUGAAGUCCAUCUCCACGGAGAUCUCUCGUUCAGAGCCUGAGGUGUCGCAGUCAAAAUCUGACUCCCGCCUCAACCUCCACCUGUGGAAGCAGCUGACACAGUCUAAAACCCGCACCAAUGGGGACUCUCGUACUGCGCCUCCCUCUCCUUGUGCAUACUCCCCUGGUGUAGAGGGUCAGAAAGGGGGCUUCUUCAAAAUGGAACUUGAGGACACCAAGAGGAAGCUCUCUGAGGCUGUACAUGAACCGCUGAGCAGCAUGUUCAAUAAAAUCAUGAGAGAGGAGAGCACAGGCAGCCCCAAACUCCAGUGUAAGACCCAGGGGACUCACCAGGGGAGCUCCAGAGGUUUGGGGCGAGACAGUAGCACAGAAACAGGGAUUUCAGAGUCCCCUGUGAGGAGCACUAGGCAAACAGACAGUGAUAUUUUGCCUGUUUUUGAGUGGCCUUCGGUGAGGCAUCCUGGAGGAAGCCACCAUAGCACCUGCCCUGUGCAUCAGAGCAAACAUCACCAGGAUGAGGAUCUUGAAAUAUGCACAGAUGGGGACAUGAUGCAAGUAUUUGCCAUCAAGACCCACAGGCAGACAAGGAGAGUCCCUACAGCACCCCCAGUUAGGACCUCUUGUCUUCCUCAACCCCCUCAUCCUCUGCCACGCAUGAGUUUAUUCUGUGUGGCAGUGCUGUCCUAUGGAUACUUCAUCCUACCUCUGAGUUCAUACUUCUCUGGCCUGGCUCUGGGAUUAGCAUUGGGCUUCUUGCUAGGACUCUUGCUCAUUAGGAUGGGUUCCUCAAGGUCUCACUAUUCAGCUCCUCCAUGCAGACCAGCACAGACUCUGUUGGGAGAAGGGAUUCUGAUGGGUGGGAUGGUCAACAGUGAGCCUGACAUCCUCAAGGGCUGGAUGAAUGAGAUACAUGAUUAUGACCCAGAAACCUACCAUCCAGCACUGACUCACUCAGUGUUUGCCUCCCUGGAGGGCUCCUGUCUCCGCCUGGACACCCCACGUACAAACAUCAGCCGGAGGGCCACUUACGAUGAAAGAGUUCCAGAGGCCAGCUUCGUCAAAUCACGUUCCUUUCAGCUAGCAAAGAGCAAAGUUCUCCUGCUGCCAUCUGUGUUGGCUCGGAAGAGACUGUGGAACCCAAAGUAUCCCAUCUGUAUCCAAUUGGCCAGCGGAGCAAACUCUCAGGAGGAGGAUGGAGGAAAGUUGGAGGAUAGUCAAGAAGAGGAACCAGGGGCAGAACCAGUUAAUCCAAGACAAAGUUCUUCUAAACCUGUCAGUGACCCUCCGGCCACUCUUUACCUCUUUGGACGCACAGGGAGAGAGAAGGAGGAGUGGUUUCGCUACUUCCUGUUUGCAUCUAUGGACACAGAGAGAGAAAAGGAGACAGACAAACAGAGGCCUGGCAGAUGUGUGUCCAGAUCGGGUAUGAGAAACGUAAAUAAUGCAUUAAGUAUUUGUACCCAAGGUAACGUCCCAAGCAGCAGAGGCUCCAGCAGAGUGGGCAGCAGUGAUGAAGACACCCCCUCCACACCUACAGUCCCUAACCCUACAACUUAUAUCAAUCAGACCUCCAGUAACACAAGGGGCCUUUCACUGCUAGACUACCCUUGCUACAUGGCUCGUCUCGUGGCUGUCGAGGAGCUGACCCCACUCUCCAGCCCUGGAGCCAGCAGCACAGAGACAAGCCCCACUAUCAAAGGAAAUGUAACCCUGACUCGGGUGUCUUUUCCACAGUGUACCUGUGAUGUAGCCGAGUACCCUGGGAAGAGCCAGACUGUGUGGGUUAAUGCUCUAAUUGGUCGAAUCUUCUGGGAUUUCCUCCGAGAGAAGCACUGGGCCGACGCCGUUUCCCACAAGAUCCAGAAGAAGCUCAGCAAAAUCAGACUGCCUUACUUUAUGAAUGAGCUGACUCUGACGGAGAUGGACAUGGGCUCCUCUAUGCCACAAAUCACUGUUACCUCAAGACCAGAGGUUAACCACAAAGGCUUGUGGGUGGGGCUGCAGCUGGUCUACACUGGUGCUCUGCAGAUGACCCUGCAGACCAAGUUCAACCUGUCCAAGCUGGGCAAAGAAGGUGGCCAAGACAUGGACUGUACAACUGAUACUGGCAGCCCACGGCCCAUCCUCAGCGUGUUGGCAGACAGCGAUGAGGAAUCCUCCAGUGCUGGUUCAUCUGAUGAGGAAGAACUGCUCCUCUCUGAGCCUCAGGGGCUGGUGGGGGAGAAGGCAUCCACCCCAGCUACUGAAGGCACAGGAGGUGGGAGGACUGGAAGGAAGAUUUUGAGAUUUGUAGACAAAAUCGCUAAAUCCAAGUAUUUCCAGAAGGCGACGGAGAACGAGUUCAUUAAGAAGAAGUUUGAGGAGAUGUCAAACACACCACUGCUGCUUACUGUAGAGGUUCAAGAGCUGUCAGGGACUCUGGUUGUCAACAUCCCACCGCCCCCCACAGACAGGAUAUGGUACAGUUUCUGUGUGCCACCCAAGCUGGAUCUCCACGUGCGUCCAAAACUAGGAGAGAGGGAGGUGACUUUAUGUCAUGUGACGGAAUGGAUUGAAAAGAAACUGCAGGAUGAGUUCCAGAAAGUGUUUGUGCUGCCAAACAUGGAUGACAUCUACCUGCCCCUAAUGCACUCAGGGGUGGACAGCCCUCAGUCAUCCCAGCCUCUGUUCUCUCAGUCCCAACAGUCCCAAAGCUCCUCCACAGAGUCCAUAGAGAGGAUCCCACCUAAGAUCUCUGAGGCAGAGUCUGACUCGUGCCUCACUGUUGACGAUCAGUUAUAA